UUUGUCGCUCUUUUUGUUUCUCUUUUUGUUAGAAGAAAUGAUGAUCUAUGGAAGCCUAUCGUGACGAUGGAGGAGUACAAAGCGAAAUCGAAGCUGAGCGAGAGCUCAACCUCCACGGUUUGGCUAGCGAAGCACAUGCUAACCGGAGAAGAAGCGGUGAUGAAGUGUUUCGAUCUCUCGAAGCUCAAUCACAAUCUCAGAAUCUGUUUGGAAAACGAGCUCGAUUUUCUAUCCUCCGUCGAUCAUCCCAACAUCAUCCGCCUCCUCCACGUUCUCCAGGAGAAGGAUUUACUCAUCAUGAUUCUGGAGUAUUGUGACGGUGGAACUCUAUCUUCAUACAUUAAGCGUCACGGGAGAGUUCAAGAACAUAUCGCCAGAAGAUUCAUGAAGCAAAUCGGAGCUGGUUUAGAAAUCAUUCAUGAUAAUCACAUCAUCCAUAGGGAUCUUAAACCAGAGAAUAUUUUACUAGCUGGAGCAGGCGAUGAAUCGGUGUUGAAGAUAGCUGAUUUUAGUCUUUCAAGAAAGCUGCUCCCGGGAAAGUAUCUAGAGACAGUGUGUGGUUCUCCGUUUUACAUGGCACCUGAAGUUCUUCAGUUUCAGAGAUACAAUGAAAAGGCUGAUAUGUGGAGCGUAGGAGCAAUUCUAUUCGAGCUGCUUCAUGGCUAUCCACCUUUCAGUGGUAGGAACAAUGUUCAGGUGUUAAGGAACAUCAAAUCUAGUUUAUCUUGUCCUUUCUCUCGGUCGAUUGUUCAGCAGUUGCAUCCAGAUUGCAUCGACGUAUGCUCAAGGCUGCUCUCUACUAACCCAGUUACGCGGCUCUCGUUUGAUGAAUUCUACAAACACAAGUUCUUAAGUAUCUGAUGAUGUUCAUGCGGUAAAAAGGAAGAUGAAGCCUUUUGUAAAGUGUGUCAAUGUUUCUAGAAUCCUUGUAUAGAAUUUGUGACUUUUCUUGGUUUUUGGCUCUCACAUAGUUUGAUGAUGUAAUGCUUAAUGAAAUGAUUAGGUUUUAUCCUUGUGGUAAAUAUCUCCGGAAUAGGGUAAAAAUUAAGGCUUCUUUGAUGA